CCUAAACCUAAACCUCCGACCAUCUCUCUCGGCCUCAUCUCCCUCUUCCCCUUCCUAGAUCGACGCCCCUUCCUUCUUCCCCUUCCUGGAUCGACACCUCUUCCUCUCCUGAGCAGGAUCAAAACCACCUGCUUCGAUCCUAAGCAAAAUCGCAGCAUAAAUCAUUCCGUUCUGCCUCCUCAUCCGAUCCUCUCUUCCUCCUCCUUCCUCUCUUCGCUCUUCCCGGCUAAGGUAGGGGCCGACGAGAUCCGAAUAGCGAGAGGACGCCCACGACCACCAUGGCAUGGUUGGUCGGCAACGUGAGGGAAUCCGAAGGAAGAGAGAAUAGCACCGAGAUCCAGGAGCUCGCUCGCUUUGCCGUCGACGAGCACAACAAGAAACAGAAUGUGCUUUUGGAGUUUGCGCGUGUUGUGAAGGCGAGGGAGCAAGUUGUCGCUGGAACUCUGCAUCACUUGACGGUGGAGGCAGUUGAGGGAUGGGAGAAGAAGAUUGAUGGAAUCGCUAUUUUGGUGCCGUUAUUUUGGUGUUCAUUAUUGUGCCGUUAUUUUGGACACGAAUCGGGUCUCCGAGGUUGGAAGACCUCCGCCGCAAGGAAGGGAGCGAACUGCCGAAGCCCGAGCUACAUCGCCGCCAAGCCCAUGCUCCGGCAGCUUCCUCACAGGCGACUCUUCAUUUGUAACUGCAAAUUCAACUUUCUGAUACCUUAUGAACUACUGAAGAUCCUUAUUGCAAGCAUUGAAGUGAUUGAAGAGUUUGCUAAGAGUCCAUGUUUGGAGCACUACAAGAACCUUGGAGCAACUUAACAUUUCGAAUAAGAUGUAGUAGGAGCAUAUAGAGCCUGCGUUGUGUACUCUUAGUGAUAAAUAGUUCCCAGGAAUGAUAGAUCUAUCACUAUAUGAUGUGGUUGAGAUAAUUGAUGAAUGUUUCUCUUUUUAAGCAUUCCAAUUAGUCAUCUUGUUACCUGGUGCUCUU